CUCCCACUCCCUCGAGAGCUGUGGACAAUGCUGCUGGAACCAUUUAUCACUCUAUUAACGCUUCUUACUGCUGCACUAGCCGAGGUUAUUUUGCUUCGACUUCCGGAAGGCCCAACACAUUGGGAAGAUGAGGCCGAAAUGCGUGCUCGUAUCGCCAACUAUACUGUGGAGAAAUUCUCGCAUGACUACCAUAAUUGGGGACCGUUCGAUCCUCGAAUAAAGGAUACAAAUAGGAUAACGCGUAGGAGGAAACGCGAUCUCGGCCUGGCAUCUGGUCCUAUUGCAACUGCUGUCGUAACUGGAAUGAUUGGAAUGACUGCUCGGACAGUUUCGGAGCUCACAAAUUUCCAUCCAUCCCAAUCCGAAGGAGGUUGUACAUGGUUUGGUACGGCACCACUAUGCAAUUUUCCUUGCCCGUCUGAAUACGACUACAUAAGAAUGCACAAUGGAAGAUGCUCUAACAACUGGUUCAGCGGCUUUUGCGUACCAGACGAUAGUUUCGGUAAACCUUGCUCAACGGUACUUGGUGACUACUUUCACAAGCGGUUUUGUUGCAAGUCAGAUCCUACAGAGUGCACUUGGUCUGGUCGUUGGAUGGGUGCUAAUACGGCACAUAACAUCUACUGCAGAUAUGAUAACAUUGGCAAAUGUGGAGCCAUUGACUGCUCGAUCAAUCAUUUCACACUGAAGGCACAAAACUCAUCUGAAAUCUACGGUGAACGCUGUGAUCGAGUAGAUCUAUUCGGCCUGAAAGGAAAAGCUACCUGCGGUUAUAUUGCUUGGUUUGAUGAUAACGGCGAAAUUGUUAAUAGCUGGUACAAAACCAGCAAGACAUCGGCUAUACGCAAGAAGACCUCGGGCAACGGUUUGGAUGAUACAAAAAAUUCUUGGGUCUCUCAUUACUAA